AUGAAGGCCGUGUCGAUAAGGCAGCUGGGCGCCAUAAUCAUCCUAGAUAACUGUGGGAACCGAAUCGCAGUGAAGUACUACAACGACCAGUUCCCACCGAAGCGAGAAAGCAAAUUGAUGCGCAAGAGUUCAAGCAAAGAUUCGAUAGGCAGCCCGUUUGAAGACACUUAUAAUAAUUUACGCACAGUGGAGGAUCAAAAAUUAUUUGAAAAUGACAUAACGGAGAAAGCUAGGAAGCUGGGUGGAGACUCCACCGAAACGGAAGUCUUAGUUCUCAACAAAUAUACCAUCCUUUAUCUGCUAAUAAAUGAUGUGAGCCUCUACAUCGUAGGAGACGAAGGUGACAACGAGAUUAUUUUGCAUGAGAUUAUGCAGACAGUGCAGCAGUGUCUGGAGAAUGUCACUAAUAAUCAGAUCGGGAAGAAACAACUCUUGGACAAACUGGAUUCAAUUUAUUUAAUCCUCGACGAAAUUGCUGAUAGCGGCAUUAUUAUGGAGACCAACCCAAACGUGAUUAUAAACCGGCUGUAUAUGCAGGAGAGUGACUUGCAGGAGCACACACCCCUCAACCAGGCCAUCUCCUCGGCUAAAGAGAACAUCAUUCGCAGUUUGCUCAGCGGCACGUAG